GGCUGCGCCGUCAGUCUCCCGAGAGCAGUCGCUAGCACGGCUUCGCGGCGGACCGGCACGUCGUCCGUGAAACGGAGACCUUCGAAGGAAGAGAAGAAAAAAGAGAGAGGGAGAGAGAGAGAAAAAAACAAAACACGCUUCUCUCCGCUCGUCGCGACAAACGAGUGUAAUGGCCACUGUGCGGUUCGCGAAAUAGAGGAGAUUCGCUCGACGUUAAUCAUUCGCGUUCGCGCGAACGAACGAAAAAGCGAAGGGGAAGAGGACCGCGUUUAAUCGCGUCAAGUUGCCGACGAUACUCGGCGAUACAUUCGAUACUUUCCACGGGCAUCUUUUCUCUUCUCGCUGUCUCCGAGUGUAGUAUACAGUGCGUGCGGAUCACAAGUGCCAGCGGCCAGUGUUUUGUACCGAUCCUCUCUUCAUGUAUAUGUGUGCUGCCCGUUGUCGAGUGUGCGUUGUCGCGCUGCCGCCGCCGGCGCUCGGAUCCCUCGGUGACCACCACCGACGCUGGAUUUAUCAGGCGCGGCGUCGUCUCCCCUAGGUGCGUCGUGGACCUCGCCAGCCCCCUUCGCCCACCCGCCCGAGGACUCGUCGACUGGCGGACACAUUCGGUGUUGGCCUUUCACGUGGAUUGGGAUAUUCGCAUAGCAUUCAAUCAUCUUCUGCUGCUUCGAGCCAAAGACGCGGAAUAAUUCGGUACAACGAUUCACCUCGCCCUCGCCUCGCAUCGCCUCGCCUCGCCUCCGACGAAGGAAAACAAUCCCCCGUUAUUAGACGACUGGCGAAUAGCACGCAAUAAGCGAAAUCGCCGGACCGAAAGAAACGUGCUCGGCGUAGCAUCGUGAACAGAUCCGAGGAGCAACGCAUGACUGCAGCGAGUACGCUCGCAUCCUAAUUAAAGAAAUGGAUACGGUAAUUACGAGACCACGCCAGCGACCAGGCAUACAGGCUAAUUCGGCGCGUUAAAUGCUCCCCCGGGGAUCCACGUUCCGGCCGAGGCUCUCGCGGAUCUGGGAUGGCUUCUGGGAGCAGAAGCGGCAGUAGCAACAGCGAUAUCGGAUCAAACUCAGUUAACAAGCCUGUGUCAUCGCUGUAUUGAUUGCGCAAGUAGAUAGAUUUUAAAUCGAGUCAACCGCGCGGAAACAACGAAGUUAGCACGACAAAAUAAUCCGGUGGGGCUAUUAGAUCGUGUAUCCCGACCGGGUAUAUAAUGAAAUCACGUGGAACAGGACGGUAGUGGACCGAAGGUGAUGGAUGCUACGAAGAAGAAAUUGAAUCCUACCUUACAGAUCGCCUAAUGAUCCGACACAUCGCAGAGUUAUCAAGAAUUAUCUUUAUUUAACCUGAUACGAGGCCUCAAAGAUAUAGAUAGUAGUUACAAGGAAGACGCUGUUGACCCCAACCCUUCUCCCAUUUUCAAAAUCUUUUUUGUGUACAUCGCAAAUAUCAACGAUAUCCCGAAAGAGAAGAGAUCAGUCGCGAAAAAGCACUGCCAGGCUAUAAGAAAUAAAAAUACACUCGCGAUACAUCUCAACAUUGGAGGAAAACACAACGGAUGUCGCAAUCAAAGAAAACGACACGGUGAGAGAAGAUUAAUCAACAGCCAGCGUUUUCAAGAAUGUGACGCGACAAGAUUCUCCGUGAGUGAAAAUUAGUAUUCUCGAAUAGAAGAACUGUAGAAGAGAUAAAAGAAAAGGACACUGGCAAAGGCACGUUUUGACCAAGUGCUCUUACGAUUUUCGUCGUCGUUGUCCUUGUCGUGAAGCGGCAAAGUUGAUCCUGUGUUAUGGAAUGAACCGAUGCCCAGAUAGGGUGUCUAAGUGUUCACAAGCAUCCCCCUCGACACGGUUCGGUCGAGCAUUAUGACCCCGAUGAUGCGACCGCUCCUGCUAUUCGUUCUGAUGGCCGUACAGUCCUGCUCGAUUGUCUGCUCGGCGAGCGGCGACGGCGGACCCAACAGCCCGAUCUUUAAUUUAGACCACACCGCUCUGGAGAAGAAUCUGGCGGCGAUCUUCAACAAGGUGGCGCACAGCUCUGCGACUACGAAACGCAGUGUGCCGGCGUAUGAUGCCCAGGUGUCGGCCAGUACAACGUUGUCCACAGUGCCGUCACCGUUGACCACCAGUACGACUACCAGCACUACGGCUAGUCCGUCGAUACCCGCUAUCAAGUACCCGGCGGUGCCACGGGCCACAGCCUCGCCCAUCCUCCGAGAUCUUCCGUCGUACGCGCCUCCCUCCAGAGCUCUCUUCACACCGCCCCUGCCGCCAGAGUACCUGCAUCCAUUCGCCGACAAGCCCACGCUACGCGGCACCAACUCGGACGUGUACACCGGCAACAGGAGGCCGGUGCCGCCGCCUAGUUUGACACCGGCGCACGAACGGAUACCCAUCCGACCGCCGGAUCUACCUCAGAGUCCCUCUCAAGUGCCAGAGAGGCAUCAUUCCCACUCGAGAAAUAAACCGGUGAAUGUGCCUGACGGCAGAGGGGAACAAAGGCCCGCGGAAUCCGGCGAAACUGAUCGACGAAACAGCACCAAUGAUUCCUCUUCAUUCGUGACUCUUCAUUACCCCAGUAUUUCGAGGAUCUUGUCCGGUAGCAAUGGCAGAAAACAGGAUAUCCCCGAUAUAUUGUUAAAGCCUCUAGCCACGAAAAGUCCGCUGGUCCCGAACAUACCGCCUGCUCCGACGACCGAGAAAACUACGUCAGCACCGAGCACCAUCACAUCCGGCAGUACCGCAGAUCCUUCGAGAGUCGCCAUUACCCAACCGACCAUCUUCAACCUACCAAAUACCGGUCGGCAGGACGACGACAGCUAUCAUGGGCUGAAAAACGAAAAUGGGGACAGUAUCGAAAUAGUGGACACGGAGAGGAGGAGACCGUAUCCGCAGGCGCAGCCCCCGGCACCGACGUCAAAGCGACCAACUAAUAUCGAUGAUGAUGACGAGCGUCUGGUGCCGCAUGUUGACACGCAUUCGCUCGAGUCCACGUGGCGAAUCGCUUGGUCGCUGCACGUGUACGUUGCGGCGAUUAUGUUCACGCUAAUGGCUCUGUAUUCGAUCUACAAGAUCGUGCGCUUCAACGAAGCGACGAAUCUGCUCACCCAGUCAUAUUUCCUGGCUGUUCAUCUACUGCUGACUACCGUUUGCACUCUGAGGUGCUUCCAUCUUUUCUACGACGCUUAUAAUCUCGGACAUUCGCUGCCGGAGCCAUUGUCCAGGGUGCUAAUGUAUCUGCCGGCGCCGCUCUUAUCCACGGCCUUCGCUACUCUGGUGCUAUAUCUUGCUCGAUGUUCGGAGGCGCCUUCACUCAACAACAGCAUCCUCUCGCCUACCACGCUCGUACUCUCGUCCGUAGUGCAUAUUGUGCUGUGCGUGUCUCUUCACGUGUCCACGCACGUGCUCGGUUAUCAGGACGAAGAGCGAAUUUUACCGCUUAUUUGUCAAUGUAUUUAUAUAAUUGUCUGCGUUACGUUGGGCCUAUGCUACAUGUACGUAUAUCGCGUGGUGCGCUCACAGAUCCACGUGGCCAGCAAUAAGGCAGCCGGCGCGAACCACAUGAUGGGUGCCGAUCCUACCACAGUGGCGCUCAGCACUGCCAUUACCACCACGAUCGCCACUGCUCUGCUGUUCAUUCUCAUGGGUCUUGUGCAGCUCUAUGGGAUAUUCGGUGUCCAGGAACGUCCGCAACCAUAUCCAUGGCUCUGGUGGGGCUGGCAGUUUUCAGUCAGACUGCUGGAGCUUUGCGUCUGCGGUCUUCUAGCCUGGGUCGCCAGUCUAUCUCAGUAUCCCCUGCGCGAGAAACAAAUGCAACAACACUCAGUGCACUCGGGUUUCGCAUUGUUUCCUUGCGGCAGUUCCACUUCCACGGAGAAUAUGGACGAUGUGCUUUAUCCCGCUAUAUGUAGUACCAAUCAAGCGAUUCAGAAUUACACUAUGAGAACGGGAAAACAGGUUUACGAUGACAGUUUUCCAUUGAAUACUCUGCCCGAGCAUUUGAACAUAUCAGGUACCUUCGAGAGACAUUCCAUCCGCAAGUCAGGUACAAUGGGGCACUUUCCUCACGAAGGUCGAGGUUCCUUAAGUCGUCAUGGUAACGGCAUACAAACCCUAAGGAAUUCCGAGACUCGCGGCAGGCAUACGCCCGUGCAAGGCCUACAUGAACAAGCUCCGACCAGCGGCUCGACGAUGCUAGUCGCCGAAGACGGCUUCGUUAGGUUCCGGAGUCUUGGUGCAGAGGAGGACGAGUUGUCCGAUACGCAGAGCAUAGUCGGCACUCAUGGUAGGGGAAGCUCGCUCGCUGGUAGCGUCAGGUACAAUGCGAGGCAUUCGACGGUACAGCAUCAACAUCCCCAUCAACACCCCCAUCAGCACUCGCUGCAGCACUCGCAUCCGAGUCAGCAUCAGCAAACUCACCAUCAACUUUACAACAACACGUAAAGGCUGUGCCAACGCGAUGACUGAAACGUGAUUUUUGUUAACUCGACGAACGAAAUCGUCGUCAAUGAAAUAUAUAUGAUAUAUUUGACAUGAAUCGCGGGAAUCGUCGCCCUCGCAAACCUCGGUCUAAACUCAAAAACUAAUUUUAUCUCAUACUCUAUGUAAGAUAUGUCCUGUGUAUAGACAACCUAAUGCCAUUCCCGCUCUCCCGCUUCGCAUCGACGUCCGAGCCAAGCCUCUGCCGUACGAUACUUGUAUACAUAUUUAUUUUGAUCCUCGAUAAGCGAGUAAAAGUAUACGGCGAACUCGUUGGGGUUCCUCUACCUGUAUGUGGGUAGUUCAGGGUAUAUCGAAACUUGAUCUUAUAUUAGGCACUUGGUACUUAUUAAGAUUCAUGUGAUUGAAAAAAAAAAUAAAUAAUGUGUCUCUGAAAUAUGUAGGGAAACGUGCUUCUCUCUCGGUUUUACGUUCACUGUUAGUACCGAAGAUGGGCUGUGGAACGUAUUGGAAAAAGUACUAACGAUUUUAAAUCGAUUUUUUCAAACAUUGUCAAUGUGUUUUAAUGUAUUAUUAAUUAUUCGCUAUCGCGUGAUUAGAAAAGAUCUUGAACGUUGUAUUAUCCCGACAAUUUUUACAAUCGUACAGGCUCAUUGUUUUACAUAGUCGUAUGUGCGUUAAAGCGCUCCAAGUCACCUGUUUAAUCGGUAUUUAUGCUUUUUUGAAUGAAACUUCUUAAAUAAAUAUGAUAUAAAAUCAGCUUUGCGACCAACAGGAGGUAUAUUUUUUACAAAAAAAAAAUUACACGCGAGGUCCAAACACAACUGGAGAAAACAAUUGCGAUUCUCAUUCAGGUAUUCCGAGAUUAGGAGAUGUGAUUAUGUCAAGCUGAAAGCGAUGUUUGUACAGUCGACGAUAAUUUAUCACUCAGUCCAAUUGUACGAUUUAGUUAGCGGCUAAGACACUAGAUUAAGAAUUGCGGAUUACACGUUAAGUUUAGUCAUUAAGAGAGAGAAAGGGAAAGAGAGAAAGAAAGAGAAAAAGAGUUAGACGAGUCGCGACUAAUGUCAACAGAUUUACACUUAAUAAAUCGAAAGGGAAUAGAGAGAAGACAUAAAAGAAUACUAUUACCGAUAUAGAAUAGAUGACAUAAGUGCGAUUUAACGUCACACAUACACACAGGCCAGCAUUUUACUUUUUAUUUCUCAGAUUCUAAGGUACAAAAUAGUACUUUUUACCUUUUACUCCGUAUAUCGAUAGGUUUAAGCGGUCGCAGUGUAUAUGUUUAUAUAUGGACAUUGUACAUAAGGUAUAUGGGCUCGUCGUGAACGAAUCUACUGUUAUGGUGGAAUCUACGGCUAGAUUCCAUUUAACGCGUUGGAAUCUACUCAAUUCUCGUUUGUAAAUGCACACAAGACUUGAAUUUUAAUUUAUCUCAGAAGCUGUAUUUAUUAUGUGAAACAUUCCACAACAAGUGAUCAGUAUGAGUGCGCGAUCGAUUUGUGUGGGAUUUUAUUGCAAUUAUAAAUUUCUCUAGGCGCUAAAACGAAACGGAACAAAUGUAAAUAAAAGCUUUUUUGCGAAAAAAAAGUUUUAUGUUUAUCUUUUAAACGAAAUUUCAGCCGUUCACGUGCAUCGAACAUCUGUAAAAAAAUAUCGUUUUUUAUACUUUUAUAACAAAUUUUUAUACUUUUAUAACAAAUGGACUUUUAGUUGAAAUAUCUUUACAGAUUGUUGUUUACAAUAUUAUUAAUUUAUCUGGAUAAUAUUUAGAUAAAUUUUACAAGAAUGCUCUGUGUUUAGAAACCACACAUGCAAAAGGUUCCGAAUUUAGGUUUUCUAAACAAAUUUUAUGUUGUAAUA